CCUCCGGUGGCAUGUGAUGUGGUGGUAGAAGUACGUACAUGUGUAGGUCGCCGUCCCGGAGAAUAAUUCGUGCCGUGGUCGAUUGAUGAUUGCUCGAGAGAGGAGCAAAUCACGCUCCGUGUGAUCGAGCAUGAAGUUAUUAAUUAAGUAUAUAGUCACUCUUUGGAGUACAUCAGGACAAGGACUGUUCCGUUAAUCAGGUUGUAUGAACAUUGUACUGGAGUAAUUCUGUGCUAUCUUCUUUAAGUAUUUUAUACAAUUGUAUCCAUGUAUGCAAAUUAUACUGGGGAGCCUUUUAUCCUGUAACUGGCAGUCAGUGCCACUAGAGACAAAAAGAUUUCAUGGUGGAAAUCAAGUGGCUCAGGGACAUUCAAAAUUAUUAUCAGGCCACUUAAUUGCCGUUAGGCUUUAAAAUAGAUGAAAUAGCAUAUGGGUAUAACUAAAAAUAUAGUUGGGCACAAUAAUGCGAAAUAAUUUUUUAGUGGUCUCCUAGUUUAGUCAAUCUUUUAUAAUAGCAUCGGGUAAAAGGCUCAUGAAUUGGCACGGUGAUCUCCUCAUAAGUUUGUCACGUGGACACACUAUUUUCCUAUAAUAAUACUAUAAUGCAGGCGAAUUCCAACUUGUUCUUUGUCCCAAAUCCAAGAACCUUGCGCGCCACUCCACUGCACCCAUUACUUGUGCAGUCAGAUCAGCGAGUGAGUAGCCAUGUAGCCGUUUCAAUUGCAACGCCACGAAUACGGACGGAGCCAUGGACGGCGACGGCGCAACCACCACCACGGCCGUCCAAGGCGGCGGCGGCGGCUCGCACGUCCUGCUCCUGCCGUUCCCUGGGAUGCAGGGCCACGCGAACCCGAUGCUCCAGCUCGGCCGGCGGCUGGCCUUCCACGGCCUUCGCCCGACGCUGGUGGUCUCCCGCCACGUCCUCUCCACCACCACCUCGGCCUCCAGGUCGUCGUGCCCGUUCCCCGUGGCCGCCAUCUCGGACGGCUUCGACGCCGGCGGGAUCUCGUCGUGCCCGGACGUCGCGGAGUACGUGCGGCGGAUGGAGGCCGCGGGGUCGGAGACGCUGGCGGCGCUCCUGGACGCCGAACGCCACGCGGGGCGGGCCGUCCGGGUGCUGGUGUACGACUCGCACCUGCCGUGGGCGCGCCGCGUGGCGCGGGCCGCCGGCGUGGCCGCCGCCGCGUUCAUGACGCAGAUGUGCGCCGUGGACCUCGUCUACGGCGAGGCGUGGGCCGGGCGCGUGGCCCUGCCGCUGGCGGACGGCGGGGAGCUGCGCCGGAGUGGGAGGCUCGCCGUGGAGCUGGGCCCCGACGACGUGCCGCCGUUCGUGGCGGCGCCCCAGUGGUACCCGGCCUUCACGGAGUCCGCGCUGAGCCAGUUCGACGGGCUGGAGCUCGCCGACGACGUGCUCGUCAACUCGUUCCGCGACCUGGAGCCAACGGAGGCGGAUUACCUGGCGUCGACGUGGCGCGCGAAGACCAUCGGCCCGACGCUGCCGUCGUUCUACCUCGACGACGGCCGGCUGCCACGGAACAAGACGUACGGGUACGGCGUGGACCUCUUCUCGAGCACGGAUCAUCAGGCGCAGGCGCCGCCGUGCCCGUGCAUGGCGUGGCUGGACAAGCAGGAGCCCGGCUCCGUCGUGCUCGCGUCGUACGGGACCGUGGCCAACCUCGACGCGGCGCAGCUCGAGGAGCUGGGCAACGGGCUGUGCGACUCCGGCAAGCCUUUCGUCUGGGUGCUGAGGUCCGACGAGGCAGAGAAGCUGUCUCGGCAGCUCGGCGGCAAGUGCAAGGAGAAGGGCCUCGUUGUGCCCUUCUGUCCUCAGCUUGAGGUGCUGGCACACAAGGCCACAGGUUGCUUCCUGACGCACUGUGGGUGGAACUCGACGAUCGAGUCCAUGGCCACUGGUGUUCCAAUGGCGGCGAUGCCGCAGUGGGCGGACCAGCCGACGACGGCCAAGUAUGUGGAGAGCGCAUGGGGGAUUGGGGUGCGGAUGCGGAAGGGCUUGGUGAGGAGGGAGGAGGUGGAGAGGUGCAUCCGGGAGGUGAUGGAAGGGGAGAGGAAGGAUGAGUUCAGGCAGAACGCGGCGAGAUGGAUGAAGAAGGCCAAGGAAGCGAUGCAGGAAGGAGGGAGCUCUGACAAGAACAUUGCUGAAUUUGCAGCAAAGUAUUUGUCAGUUUAAAAAAAGUGCAGUUUUGUGCAGAUCAAAACUCUUUUCAGUAGUACUAGGAGAAAAGAUCAACUCAAGGAAUACCACAGCGACAUCUUCGAUUAUUGACUGAUUAUUUACUUGCACAAUACAUAUGUAUUUCUACGAUGUACAAGCAACUGCAGAGGUCGUCAAAGAACCUCAUGUCCAUACCAAGUAGAUUUGUAGACAUGCUUUGUUUGCA